AUGUUCCUCACAGUUUUAGUGCCUGGUCCACGCAAUCCAAAAGAGAAGUUGGAUGUGUUUUUGCAGCCACUAAUAGCAGAACUAAAACACUUGUGGGAGGUAGGUGUGCCUACAUAUGACAUUUCACUGAAGCAAAAUUUUCACAUGCGAGCAGUUUUGAUAUGGACUAUUAGUGAUUUUUCAGCGUACUCUAUGUUGUCUGGGUGGAGUACUGCUGGAAGAUUGGCUUGUCCACAUUGCAUGGAAAACACUGAUGCAUUCACUCUAGAGAAGAGUGGUGACAACCAUCGAAAGUUUUUACCUGCUAAUCAUGCAUUUCGAAGAAACAAGAAAGCAUUCAGGAGGAAUAAGACGAUUACAGUCGGUCCACCGGUAGCAAGGUCAGGAGAAGAUAUAUUCAAUCAAAUACAAGCAUUGGGUUUGAUUAAAGUGACUGAGGACUACGAUGAUACAAACAAGAAUGCCUCCAACCGUUCUGGAACUGGGUGGAAAAAGAUGAGAAUAUUUUGGGAUCUUCCAUAUUGGAAAGAUUUGUUGAUUCGGUAUAAUUUAGAUGUUAUGCAUAUUGAAAAGAAUGUGUUUGACAAUGUUUUCAACAUUGUGCUUAAUGUUCUAGGGAAGACCAAAGAUACAAUUAAGUCUAGAGAGGAGUUGAACUUGUAUUGCACAAGACCGGAACUGAAUCGUAAUGAGUCUUCAGGAAAGUAUCCAAAAGCUUCAUAUACACUUGACAAGAAUGAGAAAAAGGUGUUAUGUGAAUGGGUAAAAAAUCUUAGAUUUCCAUACGGGUAUAUGUCCAAUAUGAGUAGAUGUGUGGAUAUGAGUAAGCUAAAGAUGUAUGGGAUGAAAAGUCACGACUGCCAUGUUUUCAUGCAACGCAUCCUGCCUGUGGCAUUUCGUGAACUUAUUCCACAAAAUGUUUGGAAGGCGAUCACAGAGUUAUGUCUAUUUUUUAAGGACUUGACUUCUCGGACAAUACAAAUAGACGAUAUGUGCAGGCUCAAUGAUAACAGUCCAAUAAUUUUGUGUAAUCUCGAGCGCAUCUUUCCACCUAGUUUCUUCGACUCGAUGAAGCAUCUACCGGUUCAUUUGCCUAAUGAAGCACGCCUUGCAGGUCCCGUUCAAUAUCGAUGGAUGUAUCCAUUUGAGAGAUACUUAAGAAAAUUGAAAAAUCAUACAGGAUCCCCUCUUGGAAAAAUGUCAAAAAGAUAUCUGGAUGCUAAAGAGUACAAGGCUGCACAGAUAUAUAUUCUGCUCAACUGUCACGAGGUCACCGAUAUAUAUUUGAAAUUGUUUGAAGAUGAAAUGGUAGCAGGAAAUCCAUUUAUAUCGGCAUCAAAUUUAGGCACCAAAAUCGAUGAGGAUUUUGUUGAUUGGUUCAAAAGAUAUGUCAAUCGUCAAUCUACCAACAACAUCGUGAACAAAUAUAUUCAGGAUCUCGCCAAAGGGCCUUUAUUAGAGAUCAAAACAUAUCCUGGAUAUAUUGUUAAUGGAUACAGGUUUCACACGAUAGCUCAUGGAGCACAUCGAGCCACUAUGAAUAGUAGAGUUUGCAUAAAAGGCGAGAUUUAUAACACUGAUGAGUUGGACUUUUAUGGCGCUUAUUAG